GUCUCAUCUCCAGCUCAAGAGCUCUCUCAUUCGCUAAAAAUGGCGACAAGAGGACGACGAGCAUGGUAUUGGAGCUUCGUGUCGGCGGCGAUGGUCGCCGUGGUGGCCGGAGACUUCGCCGCUGACCGGGCGGAGUGCGCCAGCAAUCUGGUGGGCCUAUCGACGUGCCUCACCUACGUUCAAGGAACCGGGAGCGCGCCGACGCCGGACUGCUGCUCCGGCUUGGAACAAGUGGUGGGGAAAAGCCCUAAAUGCCUUUGCGUGCUCAUAAAGGACCGGAAUGAGCCGGGUCUUGGCUUCAAGUUCAAUGUCACCCGCGCUAUGUCUCUUCCUGAUUUUUGCCAUUCCUCUGCUAAUAUCUCUGAUUGCCCUAGGUUGCUUAAUUUGCCUAGGGAUUCAAAGGAUGCUCAGAUUUUUGAACAAUUUGGGAAUUCUUCAAGUUCUCAUGGUAAGGGAAAUGUUCAAAGCAUUGUGCAAUCUAAUGGAGGUGUGAAAGGUUAUUAUUUGAAAGAACAAGGGUUGUUGGGUGUUCAAAUGCAUCCUCUUCUUCUUCUUCUUAUUCUUCCACUGGUUCUCUCUGGCAGCUAAAUUAAAUGAAGAGUAUGUGAUGUUCUACCAAACCUAUUAAUUCUGCUCUCUCUGUCCUUUUCUGUUUUUAAUAUAUAUAUAUCUGUACUUGUAUGUCUUUGUCUUUAACUCUGUUUGGAAUAGUUUUUAAUUGUCAAAAAAGAAAUGCUCUACAUUGUCUGAUGAA